AUGACUUCUCGAUCACCGCUUCUACAAUCAUCGUCGCUACGGGCAACCUCAAAAGGAGGUGGAUAUUAUCAUGGAUCAUCAACGCUAACUAACCCGACGUUUUCAUCAAGUGCCAGAUACAAUCAGACCAUUGCGGAAAAGAAUGACGCAAUGAAACGAAAUUCCAGCUCUGCUUUACCGGGCAAGAAGAAGAAGGUCAAAAAACCAACUAGACAACCAUCGCCGUUGCUACGGAACAUUCUAAACACGGGAACAGUACAUAACCAUCGAAAUACAUACGGAACAUCCACUGCUAACAUACCAAAUCGAGCUCAAUCUGCUCCGAGCCAAUCUUUAUCCCAGUCCACCUCAAGACUUUCCACUCAACAACAAUAUGUAGAACAAUUGAAAAAAUUUGAAUCACUAUUCAACAAGUAUCAACUCUUGUACAAUCAACAAAAAAGUAAGACCAACAGUAUGGAAAAAAAGAUUGCCUCACUUCAAGAGAAAAUGAUGGAAAUGGAUUUACAAAUGACCGCUCAAUCAAAGAAGUGUGGCUCGCUCAAAAAUCGGAUGGACACCUUGGAAGGAAGCGUGAGCAAUCAAAAGAAGACGUUAGAAGAGCUUUUCACGCUACAUGAAACAAAGCUCAAGAUUUUUGAGGAUCGCCUUUCUGAAUUAAAAGAAAUACAAGCAAGAUAUCGCAAAAAAACAGCUUACUUGCAAAAAAAGUUCAAGGAGUUUUCAGAAAUGUCAAAACGAAAAGUUCACGAAGACAACGAUGAACCCGGAGAAAUACCCACAAAUAAGAAUGAUUCAAGGACUCAUAUCGAUAAGCAGCUUGUUUCGUCUUUGACUUCUGACUCGGAUGAAGACGAUCGGCCUGAGCUGGUAGUCCUUCCAAAGAGAGUAUCUCUCAAUUCACCUUUAUGUACCAGUAACUCAAAGAAAGAGUCUGUUGAAUUCCUUUCAACAGAAUCCGAGAAUGAAAUUGUUGCUUGCAAUGAAACCCUCAAAGCCACAGAAUCCAAAAGAUCGAGCUCCAAAUCGAAACGUCACGAAGAUAAUGCAUCUGACUCUGAACCAGAAUAUCCUAGGUCUCGAAAAAGUUCAAGUAAAGAGAAGACAGAACCACUCGUGAAAGAGAAUCCUCCUCCUGUAACUAGGAGUAGAGAAGAGGAGCUUAAACAAAGAUAUCAUGAUCUUAAAAAGGCCUAUAGAAGAGUAUAUGGAGCUAGGGAAGAAGAUUGA